CCUUGGCUCUUUUUUCAAGCCCCUCACUUUCCUAUAUUUGAAACCCUUCAACCUAGUCACUAACUGUAUCCUCUUUCUUGUCUGUACACUCUUUGUUUGAAGCAUUCCUUUGUGAGAGAACAAAAAUGUUAGCUAACUGCGAGAAAAUGGUUUCCAUCCCUCCACCAACUACUAACCAAUGGCCACAGAAUCAAAUAGAUGAUGCUAAGAUAAUGGAAAAACAAGGCCAAGAGCUUCUGCAACAGCAUCAGCAACAAGCACUCAAGUGUCCUCGUUGUGAUUCAUCAAACACAAAAUUCUGUUACUACAACAACUACAGUCUGUCACAACCUAGACACUUCUGCAAAGCCUGCAAACGGUAUUGGACAAGAGGUGGUACUCUUAGGAAUGUUCCUGUUGGUGGUGGAUACAGAAGAAACAACAAACGUAGUAGUAGUAGUAGUUGUAAUGUUUCUACUACUAUCAUGAAAAGACCAAUAUCCACCAUUGAAACCACUACUACUACUACUGCUGCUAGUUCUAAUUCUUCGACUCCGAGUUCGAACUCAAAUCAUAUAAACCCUAUGUUUUAUGGCUUAUCUAGUACUAACAACCCUUGUGAUGUGAAUCUUCCGUUUUCGAGGUUCAAUAUAAACUCCAGACUCUCGACAAGUUCAGGUUAUGAUCUUCAGCCUCAGAUGAAUUUUAUAGGGUUAGGUUUUUCAUCUGGGUUUGAUAAUAAUGGUUAUACAACAAACUAUGAUUCAAUCUUUAGUUCUUCAGCUUCUGCAUCAAGUAAUACAUCAGUUAUGCCUUCUGUAUUGAGUUCUACUCUACUGCAACAUAAGUUCUUCGACGACGGUUUGAAAUAUGGUUCAGAUGCAGAUGCAGGUAGAAAUAGUACUUUCCAAGAUUUCGAAUUCGGCUCAAAAAUGCAAAACCGGGUUGAUCAUAUGGGUGGUUUCUAUGAUCCAGCUUCUUCACUUUACUUGAAUGAUCAAGGUGUUUGGAAUAAUCAAGGUGGAAAUAAUAUUGGUUCAUCAGUUACUUCUCUGAUCUAGAAUGAAGAAUUGUCUCAACUGAAUGAUAAAGAAGGAUAAGCAUGAUUUUAGAUUUCAACUUCAAGGUCAUGUUUAAUCUGGUUCUUUUUGUUUAGCUUUAUUGAUUAGGUUUCUGUCUUUUUUUUGUUUUGUAUUGUAUAAUUUGGGUUGGGUUUAGUUACAUUUUAACUUUAUUGGAAAAAGAAAAAGAAGGGAAAAAAAAGAUACUUGUUAGAAAAAUGGGAAAGUUAAAGGUGUGAGAGAAGAAUACUUUGGAACUUUGUAUCAGAGAGAUCCUAUGUCAGUUUACAUCUUUCAAAUUACUUCAGCUAGCUAGUUAGUUUCAUGAUGAACCUAUCAAAUGUUGGAGAAUAUAUAACCAUGAGAGGCGAGGUUUAAUUUCGGUCGGUAUAGGUCUUGCCAUGCUGAUUGUGGUUGGCCUAGUGUGAACUUACUACAGAUUGUUCUUUAUCACAAAAACGGUGAAUAAUAAUAUCGGUAUCUGCACUAUCUGAUACUGUUUUGUCGCAGCCGUUUUCGCAGUAACGGAAUAGAGGAACCUGAGGUCAUCUUCUCUCAUUAUGUGUAAAUAUUGGAGGACAUGAACUAGUCCUUGAUGAAAGGAACUAACUUUGUGAUGAUAUAUGUGUUUUUGGAUAAGAGAGGAAUGGAAAUACAUUGGGUAUAAUGGUAUAGAAGAGAGGGAGGGAAAUUAAAAUGUAUGUGGGUGGUUUGGUUCUAAAUUAUGUUUUUGUUGUUGUUUUUCAUGUAAUGGUGAUUUAAUUUAAGAAACAUCUUUGGUCCAUGUGCAAAAAUGAUGUUUUCUGCUUGAGUUUAUGUCUCUAUUCUAGAAACUAUUUAUGUUGAAAACAAACAAAGAGCAUGUUGUAAUAGUGUGUAACUGUAAGAUGGCCUAGGGAAUCUGGCUCAUCUCACUUGCACAAAUAGAAACAUGAGCUGGAUUUGGAUUUUGGACUCAUGCUGUCCUAUAGUGGCUGUUGAACAACUUAUGUACCUCGAACAAAGUUCAAGUAAAAUGAUCAAGUAUAAGAAAUAAUUAAAAAUAUAGGUCGUUUUUUCACUCUAGUAUUCCUACAUUCAAAUCAAGGUUGUUAAACACGAGACAUUA